AUGUCUCUUUCAUCUGUCGCUUCCUUGCCCCCUCUGCUCAUUUCACCAGCACAGCUUGCAUCGCUCGUGUCAUCUAAGAAGGCGCUGCGUAUCCUCGAUGCAACCUGGUUCCUCAACAUGCCGGGCCAGCCAGCUCGUGACGGCCACAAGGAGUUCUUGCAGGGCCCACGUCUGCCCGGUGCGCUGUUCUGGGACAUUGACAACAUCGUCACUCGCGGCGAAUCCGUUAUGAACCUGCCAAACAUGAUGCCGAGCACUUCGAUGUUUGCCGACGCAGCAGGAAAGCAUGGCAUUACGCGCGACACCCACGUCGUGGUUUACGAUCGCCAGGGUAUCUUUUCGUCGCCCCGCGCUGCGUUCACAUUCGCGGCAUUUGGCCACAAGACCAUUUCCGUGCUGGAUGGUGGUCUUCCUGCUUGGAUUGCGGCCGGCCAGGACAUCGACGCCCAAGCCCUUACAGCCGAUCCGUCCGUCGAAGAGACGAAGUACGAGCAGCCAAGCUUGCUGAACGGCUGGAUCCGCUCGUUCGAGGAAAUGCUACACAACACCACACUGGGCUCACGUGCUCAGCUCGUGUUGGAUGCCCGGCCCAAGCCACGCUUUGAGGGUAAGUCGCCUGAGCCUCGUCCUGACAUGGCAGCUGGUCACAUUCCUCACUCGUUCUCCCUGCCGCAGUCGUCGCUCCUUGACACACAGACCAGCGGCGAUUCGACCUACACGACGCUCAAGUCGCAGCAGGAUUUGUGGAAGGUCAUUACCGGUGUGGUGGGCGAAGAUGGUAUUGAGAAGCUGCGUCACGAUGCCUCGUCGCAAGGCUCGUUGGGCGUCUCGCUCACGUGUGGUAGUGGUAUGACGGCUGCCACGAUCUGGCUUGCGCUGCAGCAGCUCGGUAUCAAUGGCGCUAUCUACGACGAGAGCUGGAGUGGUUGGGGCCGCCGUGCACAGAACGGUGAGGCGCCUGUGGAGAAGUCGGAGUAA